GCCUGGUGUGGUUCUCCUUAAAAAUUAAUUAAUGACAGGCCCUUGUGACUGCGUGUGUGUGAGAGUGCGUCGCCGUGUGUGUUUGUGCGUUGCUGGUCGUAUGUAUGACACACUGCCGUGUGUGUGUGCGGUGCUGCGUGUGUCUGGGUGGUACCAUGGACGGGCAUGCGGGUUCGGUGCCAUGGAUCCCAGCUGAAUCACAAGGGUUGACAUGGGAAGGGGCCUGGUGACAUCACAGCCAGCUCAGCCAACGAGUAUUCAGUGGAUCCUGUCUGGGGAGAGGCAGAGCGGAGGAGCCGUGGGGCAGGAAGACGUAGUCGAUGAGGGCACCUCCCACAGCUCUGUGGCCGCGCCAUGGCUCCGGUGCUGGAGCUCUCGGACGCCGCUCACUCCCGCUGCCUGCUGGUGGAGCUGAAUGAGCAGCGGCUGCGGGGCCACUUCUGCGACGUCACCAUCAUCGCCGAAGACACCAAGUUCCCGGCCCACAGGAACGUGCUGGCGGCCUGCAGCCCGUACUUCAAGGCGGUGCUGUCAGAGGAGCCGGCCGGCCACCAGCCGGCCCAGGUGCUGGAGCUGCCCGACAUCCAAGCCGGGGUCUUCUCUGACAUCCUCAACUUCAUCUACCGGUCUCGCCUCUCGGUGCCCAGCCCGGCCGCCGCCCGGCAGAUUGGAGCCGCCGGCCGCCGCCUGGGCAUCUCCUGGCUGGAGAACCUGGACCCCGCCGCUCAGGCCAAGGAGAUGAGCGAGCCCUGGAGCCCCGAGGCCGCCGGAGACACCUCGGCCUCCUCCCCGAGAUCCUGCGCCUCCCCCGUGGACCUGACCUGCCCAUCGCGGCCGGCCGCCAGCCCCGUCUGCCUCCAGGAGCCGGCCCGGCCACCCAGCCCGCAGCGGGAGGCGGAUAACGAAACCGAGACGGCAAAGAUCCUCUACGCCCUAAGCACGGCGCCAGCCGAGCCGGGCGCCCCGGACUGGGAGCAGGAGCGUGGCGCUGCAGAACUGCCCGCCGCCGGGGGCGAGCCGGCGCCGUCUUCUUCCUCGCCGGCAGGCAGCGCCUUCCGCUGCGGGCUCUGCAGCCGCUCCUUCGCCACGCCGGCCGCCCUGAGCCUCCACCUGAAACUGCAUCGGAGCCGGCGCUCCCUCUCCUGUCGCCACUGCGGCAAGAGCUUCAUCCACGUCAAGCGGCUGCAGACGCAUGAGGUACUCUGCAAGGAGGCCGGCGAGGAAGAGGAGGCGGCGGCGGUGGGCGGCUCAGCGGUGGCGGGCGGCUCGGAGGCGGCGGCCCCAGCGGCGCCCCUUCCUCCCGCCGCACCGGCGCUGCCCAAACCGGCAUCUUCCAAGAAAGGCCUGCUCUUCCGCCACCGGGCCCUGCAGCGGCUGGAGUACAUCCCGGAGCAGGAUCACUUCGUCAAGGUGGUGGACGGGCAUGUCAUCUACUUCUGCACCGUCUGCGAGCGCUCCUACAUGACCCUCUCCAGCCUCAAGCGCCACUCCAACGUUCACUCCUGGCGGCGUAAGUACCCCUGCCGCUACUGCGACAAAGUCUUCGCCCUGGCUGAGUACCGGACGAAGCACGAGGUGUGGCACACCGGCGAGCGCCGCUACCAGUGCAUCUUCUGCUGGGAGACGUUCGUCACCUACUACAACCUGAAGACCCACCAGAAGGCCUUCCACGGCAUCAACCCGGGACUCAUCUCCUCCGAGAAGACGCCCAAUGGGGGCUACAAGCCGCGGCUCAACGCCCUCAAGCUCUACCGCCUCUUGCCCAUGCGCUCCCAGAAGCGACCCUACAAGACGUAUAGCCCGGGGCUGCUGCCGGAGGGCCUGCUGCUGCCCCCGCAGCCCCUCCCUGUGGCGCUGGGCGAGGGGGACCCUGCGGCCGGCCCUGGUGGGGAGGCGGGGCCCGGCUUCGCAUCUGCCAACACUUUGGAGGCGCCGGAGGCCGAGCGGUUCCUCCUGCCAGCGCCGGCCGAGCGGCACGAGACGGGGCCGCCCCCGUUCCUGGCAGAGGAGGCGCGGCGGGCGCCGGCGGAUGGUGAGGCCCCGUCGGUCAUCGCCUACGGCCACCCGGCCGCCUCGGUCAUCGUGCACAGCACCUCGGUGGGAGGCGGGGGCGGCCAGGCAUCCUCGGUCAUCACCUACAACAGCACGCCCGCCGCCCCCCGCCCCACCCCGGCUGAGCCCCUCAAAAAGCAAGUGCUGAAGGAGUACAUCCAAGCCCAGAAGGCGGCCGAGCAGGCGGCGGAGGAGGCAGGCGGCGGGGAGCCGCCAAAACCCCGCAGCCUGCGGCCCGGCCGCACCAUGACCUACAUGGCCAAGCCGGCCUACGUGGGCGCCGCCUCAGAGAGCCGCAGCGCCCCGCUGUGCCAGAUCACUGUGCGCAUCGGCGAAGAGGCCAUUGUCAAGCGGCGCAUCUCCGAGACCGACCUGAUGCUGGACAAGAGCCCGAGGGGCCCCAAGCGUUUCGAUUUCGGGCCGGCCGAGAAAGCAGCUCCCGGCAAACGGGCCGGCAGCUCCUAUGCCCACAACGAGAGCGGCGAGGAAGAGAGCGACCGGGACGCUGAAGACCAGCUCUGGCGUCCGUACUACACCUACAAGCCCAAGCGGAAGGCCUGUGGCUCCGGCGGGGCUGGCUCCGGCAUCCCCAAGGUGAAGCGGUCUUCCCGGUGGCGCCGCAAGCUGCGUUCCCUGCGCUGGAUGAAGCGGGCGGAGGAGGAGGAGGAAAGGGAGGAGCCCAGCCCGGCGCCCACCCGCGCCUCGCCAAGUCCCGGCGGCUCCGACGCCCCGGCGCCCGAACCGGCGCACAAGGCUGGGCGCGGCAGCGCCGACUGGAAACACGAGUGCGGUGCCUGCGGCAAGUUCUUCUCGGCGCUGAAGAAGCUGCGGAAACACGAGCGGGUGCACGGGCGGCCGGGCAAGGACGAUCCGGCGCCAGCGCCGGCCCACCGGGUGGGCCGCAAGCCCUCGGUCAAAUUCACCUGCGCCCACUGCGCCAAGGUCUGCAAGACCGCGGCGGCCCUGAGCCGGCACAUGAAGCGGCACGAGGGGGAAAGCCGAGAGCCUGGCCCGGCCGCCCUGACCACCGUCAUCGCCUAUUCCAAAAAGCCGGAGGAGCCGGAGCCGGCGCUGGCGGCCGUCAAGGAGGAAAUCACGCAGGAGAUGCAGGUCUCUUCAUCCAGCGGGGAGCCGCCGGCAGCGGAGGCCAGCCAGGCCUGCACCGCCGGCCAGCCGGCCAUGCCAGAGAGUCAGGGGGCAGCGCCGCCCCGGGAGGAAGAGGUGAUGCCGCCGGAGACGGGCGGGCCGCAGGAGGCGGCUGCCCCGCUAGCCGAAGCCACCACCAGCUGUAUCGAGCUGGCCCCAGCGCCGCCCGCCCCCCAGGCUGCCCUCUCCUUGCAAGAUCCCGUCAUCUCGCACACCAGCCCGGCCCCGGCGCCGCACGAGGAGGAGGAGGCGGUGGGUGGCUACCCAGAGAGGUACCCGGUGCAGGAGUACCCCCUGCCCCUACUGGCGCCCGGGGGCUGCCGGAUCCGGAAGGAGGCAGAAGACAAGCCCGCGUUCCUCGCCUACCCCAGCCCUCUCCCUUUCAAUGCCGUGGGCAAGGCCGGGGCCGGCGAAGGGGAGGGCAAGGUGAGCUUCUACCCCGACCCCUACCCGCUCAUGUACGGGCACCAGCUGCUGGCCGCCUACCCGUACAACUUCACCAACCUGGCCGCCCUGCCUGUGGCGCUGAACAUGGUCCUGCCGGACGACAAGGGUCAGCCCCUCCCUUUCCUGCCCAGCGUCUUCGGUUACUCGGUCAACCCGUGCCGGAACGAGGCCCAGGACGGGGCUGGUGCCGGGGCCCACGGGGCCGGCAGCGGGGCGGGGGGCGGGGCGGCCCUGCCCCGGGGGGUGGUCCGCGGGGAGCCCCCGGCCCCCGAGCGCCUGAAGAAGGGAAAUUUCCUGUGAGUGGCAAGGGGGCAGGUGCCCGAGCUGGGCUAGGCUCUGGGGUGGGGGAGGGGGGGUGAUGCUGGAGGGGGUGCUGGUGUUGCAAUGUGGGACGGGGGGGCAUGGCCCAGCAGGGGAGGCACCCGGCGCCGAGGGGCGCUGGAGCUGUGUGCCCCCCCCCCCCCGAAGUGUGAGAUAAGGACCGGGGGGGGGGGAUCCUGGAGCUAGGCUGUGAGCUGUCACUCCAGAUGGAUCAGCCCCCCCUCCAACUCUCCCCCCCCUUCAGUGACUCCUGGGGACCCCCCCUCCCCACGGUCCUUAGGACCCCUUUCCCCUCGCAGUCCCCCGCCCCUGACCCCCAGGCCUUGCAGCUGGCAGAUGUGGGGUGGAGGGGGGUUGUUACCCCAAGGGAGGGGCUAUAGAGAGGGACCAAUAUGUGGGAGAUGGGGGAGCCCUAUGUACCCCGCCAAAGAGUAAGGAGGUGGUUUAGGGGUGGGGGAUCCCAGCUGUGAGGGGGGGCACUACAGUGCCCCCCGACCCAGAAUGCACUGCAAAUCCCCCCCCCCCCACGCACCGGCUCCAGCAGUGUUCCAGCAGGGGGCGCUAAUACUCCAGCAGGGACCUGCCCCGGGCUCCCCUCCCCACACUGCUGUCCUCAGCUUCCUGCCCUGGGUACCCCCCAAUCCCAUGCCCAGUACCCCAUGCACCCCCAUUCCCCUGUCCUGGUACCCCAUGCACCCUCCAUUCCCUUGCCCCAGGCACCCUCCCCACCCCCUGCUGUCCUCAGCUUCCUGUCCUGGGCACCCUCCAUUCCCCUGCCCUGGGCACCCCCCCAUGCCCUCCCACGCCCAUCCUCCUCCCCAGGCCCCCCCCCCGCGCUCCCAGCCCUGGCGGGGCGCCAGGCUCAGCGGGUGACGCUGCGUUUUGGAGCUGCGACCGGCUGACUCACUUUUUCCUUUCGGGGCCGGGAACCCAGCUCCAGCCCUUCCAGAAACUUCCCUGGUCCCCCCGCCCCCCUGGCCUCUCCCAGCAGGGGGCCCUGUCACCCGACCCCCCACAGAUCUUCCCUGGGGGAAGAUCGGGGGGGUUCCCAUUUGCACUAGUCAUUUUCUGUUUUGGGCCACUGACCCCCCCCCCCCCCCGACUGCACUAGCACCUCCCCUGAUUACAGCCCCCGUCUUUCUCCAUCACCCCCUUCCUUCACCUCUGGGACCCCCCCCUUGUAGGAAUUGGGACCCUGGAGCUGGCUCUGAGGUGCCAGUUCCGCCCCCCCCCCCCCCGCUGGCAAGGCGGGGGGUGGUGGUAUAGGAAAAAGGGGGGUAUCCCCCUAAAAAGAGACCCCUAAUAAAUGACUGUGGUUCAAAGGACUCCAAAAGUGGGGGGGCUCUGCAGUGAGCCCCCCGGCCCACCCAGCCCCCCACGAUCCCUCCCCACACCGGCCCCCCUAAAAUCCACUCCUCUGCCCCCCGCAAACUGCUUCCCUGCCCGUGUCCCUAAAAUCCCCCUGUCCGCUUCCCCUGCCUGUGCACCCCAAAUCCUGCCCCUCUACUAUCCAGCUGCACUGUCACUCCAAUCCAUCUGGCCCCCCCAUGUACCCUCUGCGCCCUGAAACCAGCACAUUUUAAACCAUCCAAUCUCUGUAGCGGGUUGCAUUACAGAUCUUUGGGGGGACCUGUCACCCCUUAUUCUGCAGAUCUUGCCCCUCCAAUUGCCAGCUCCCCAUCCUCCCCUUUUGGGGGGACCCCAUGCACCCCCCCAUUCCCCUGUGCUGGUUUCCCCAUGCACCCCCAUGGGGGGGGACAUGGGGAGGGGGGUCUGCACCCCUUUGACCCUUGACAUCUGGGUCAUGAAGGACUUGUGCUGUGCAGGGGGGUGGGUUGUGCCGCUCCCAGAAUCCUUUGUUGCCCCAGGAGGAGAGUGGGUCAGAUUUGGGGGAGCAAAGGGGUGUGUGGAUUUCCCUGGGGGAUUGAGGGGGUGGGAAUCUGGGGUUUGGCCCAUUUAUACACCCCGGUAGCUGGGAGGGGGAUGAUCUCCCUUGCUCAACCUGUGGGGAGGGGCUAAGGAGGAAAUGGGGACAGCCCCCCCAACCUUGCCCCCAAACCAACCCCUAAACUCCCUCGCCCCCAAACUCGCCCAUGACCCCUAUGGGGCUGGGGAGGGGAACAGAGAAUCCCCCCCCCCCCCCAAUUCCAGGGAUGCGGGGGGCGAGGUCUCUAUCACUUACCCCCCGCCGCCCUAGCUUUCCAGCCAGCAGGGGGCACUGCUGGGCAUGGAGCUUUGAUCUCCCUGAGGGCCUUCCCAGGCCGCCUGAUACCCCCCACAGUAGUGGGCGUGCUGCGGGGCUGCAGGGAAAUGCUCCCCGCUCUGCUGCGGCGCGGCAAUGCUCCCCGCUCUGCUGCGCCGCGUAGCGACGGGCGAUGGACCCCGCUCUGCUGCGCCGCGUAGCGACGGGCGAUGGAUCCCGCUCUGCUGCGGCGCCGCACUGCGACGGGCGAUGGACCCUGCUCUGCUGCGCUGCGUAGCGACGGGCGAUGGAUCCCGCUCUGCUUCGGCGCGGCGCCGCACUGCGACGGGCGAUGGACCCCGCUCUGCUGCGGCGCGGCGCCGCACUGCGACGGGCGAUGGACCCCGCUCUGCUGCGCUGCGUAGCGACGGGCGAUGCUCCCCGCUCUGCUGCGGCCCGGCGACGCGUAGCGACGGGCGAUGCUCCCCGCUCUGCUGCGGCCCGGCGACGCGUAGCGACGGGCGAUGCUCCCCGCUCUGCUGCGGCCCGGCGACGCACUGCGACGGGCGAUGCUCCCCGCUCUGCUGCGGCCCGGCGACGCACUGCGACGGGCGAUGCUCCCCGCUCUGCUGCGGCCCGGCGACGCACUGCGACGGGCGAUGCUCCCUGCUCUGCUGCGGCCCAGCCAUGCAAUUUCCAGCGCUCCCCGCUGUGGCACAAGCCUCACCCAGCAGCUCCCCGUCGCUCCCGGUUCCUGCAAUAAAACGAGCAUUCCUCCCUCUCCUGCAAUACUUCGGUGCAGCGUGGUGCACAUUCCAGCCACACACACCCCCCGGCUGCAUUCCACCCUGCGGCCCGCCGCUGUAGGGCGAGGACCAUUGCAACCCCCCCACCCCACCCGCCCCAGCCACCUCUUCUGGCUGGCAGGGAGAAUCGCGCACACAUGCGUCCGCUGCAUCGCAAUGACCUUCCCACCCCUCUGCUUGCUGGGCUGUGCCCGAGGAGGGCACUGGUUGGGGUAUUAGCAGAGCGCACCAAAGGCAUUCUGGGCACCUGUUCCGCUCCCCCCCCCCAAGCUGCAGUGGGGGGCAGGGGGGAUCGCAGGGGAUCGGGGGCAGGGGAGGGCAGUCACUGAUUUGUACAUAGCUGUCCGUCUCCGCGACCUCUUUUGCACUUUCGUCACUGAGUCCUCAGUGAGCGUCGAGCAUCGCUACCGAAUGUACCUUCGUCUUUCUGUUCUAGAUUGCACCUCUCCUUAGUUUUACGGCACUUUAGAGCUCUAACGAAAUGGUUUAACCCCCCCCUCCACCAAUCAAAGAAACAAAGGAGAAAAAAAAAAAAAAACACCAACAACAACCUGGUAAAAUGUUUCCGAAAACCCACCUUCCAGCCGCUUCGAUCCUGGUCUCUCUGUUCCAACCGUGACUGUGUGGACGACCCGUAGAGAACAAGCCAAUAUUUAUCUUUCUGCAUCUCUGUGUGUAACUAUAAUAACUUCUCCGAAAUAAAAAGACGACUAUACGCUCAA